AUGGAACGAUCUGAUAUUUUCAACAAGGAUGAUGUAGUUUAUGUUUCUAUCGCUGAUAAAUCUAGAAUCGAUGACAUCGAAGAUGGCUCUCAUCGAAGACGAGGCAAACCCGCGGCUCACAUGCUCUUCGGCGUUCCGUUAUCAAUAAACGCUGCUAAUUAUGCAUAUUUCAUCGCUCUUGAGAAAGCCCUUACCCUCGGACAUGUGGACGUGCCGAAAAUCUUCACAGAACAAAUGCUUGACCUUCACCGUGGCCAGGGCUUGGACAUUUACUGGAGGUGUUCUCUGAAGUGCCCCUCUGAAUGUGAAUAUAGGGAUAUGGUCAUCCGAAAAACUGGAGGCUUGAUCGGCAUGGCUGUCAAACUGAUGCAACUGUUCUCCACAAACAACGGUAACUUUAAGUCUCUUUCGGAUGCUUUGGGUUUGUGGUUCCAAAUUCGGGAUGAUUAUGCUAACCUCGUUGAUACUUCGUACCAUGAAGCGAAAAAUUUUGCCGAUGAUCUUACCGAGGGGAAGUUCAGUUUCCCAGUGGUGCAUGCAAUCAAUACUUUCCCUCAUGAUCACCAAGUGAUGGCCAUAUUGCAACAGCGCACCCUCGACCACGCCGUGAAGGAGCACUGUGUGCAACACCUCAAUGAACUUGGCUCUCUCAUGUACACGGCGCGCACUUUGAUCGACUUGGAAAAGCAGUGCAGACGUUUUGUCGAAAAGCUAGGGGGGAACCCCUACCUUCUUCAACUAUUUGACGAGUACUCGAAGGCGACAGGAAAUGGUGGCCCAAACGAGGCGUUGAAACGCCGCUUGCAUUUGAUUGAUGACUCAGUUAACGAUGACGCCGACGAUGUGGGCGUUCCCACCGGGAUGCAGAUUUUUUGCGCCUACCGACAAGGCAUUGUGGACCCCGAAACAGUAAGCACUCAACCAACCACCUCGAGCAUCAUGGCAAACUCGAAAGUUGAGCCUAAAGGUCUCAGCGUGGCGAGCGACACGACGUCUUCUGCAGCGGUUGGUGUGCGGAUCCCCCCGGCCUGGCUGAGGCCUCGCAGCGCCCUCGGACGACUGGCUGCUGGCCAAUCGCUGUGCGCCAAAUCCACCGAGGCCGCCCCACCCUCACUACCUCUCAAGGUGGCCUACGAGCCGCAGCCAACCAAGCCGAAACCUGUGUAUGCAACUGAUAGUAAGAAAUUACUCGUCAGUCCGCGGCAGAGAGGAAAUGUACUUCUGGAAAUGAUCCGUCACGUUGCGUGGGAGUACAGUGACAUAGAGCCCGACUACAUAUUCGGCCCGUGCCACUGUGCCUUCUUUCUAAGUUUGCGUUACCAUAACUUGAAUCCAGAAUACAUCUUCGAGCGUCUUCACAAACUGCAGUCGACAUUUCAGCUUAUCGUUCUUAUUGUACUAGUGGACGUGGAUGACGCACAUCAUCCGUUGAAGGAGCUUAACAAAUUUGGUCUAACGCAGAACGUUACGGUGAUGCUGGCUUGGAGCCCUUUAGAGGCGGCAAGGUACCUGGAGUGUUUCAAGGCGUCGAUAAAUAAACCACCUGAAGACCUCCAGCCAGAAGCGGGUGAGGCGGGAAGUGCCGCCAAAAAAGACCAGUUGGCCCUGGCAACGGACUUUUUCACAGCUCUCCGAGUUGUCUCUCGGUCAGAUGCUGCAGCCCUCUUGUCCAAGUUCGGCACCGUAUCAGAAGUCAUAAAAGCAGACAAGAAGUCCCUUGAGAGCUGCAUUGGCAUAGGCAGUGUUAAGGCCGAGAAGAUCUACGCAGCACUUCACUCCGGCUUCAAAAGGGCGAGUAUUGACUAA